UUGCCAUAGCAGCAUGCGAGGGUGGGCCUUUGGGCAAGAUGGCGGCGCCCAUGGAGCAUCUGACAGCCGUGUGGAGAGAGCUGGAGACAUGGGAGAUAGGCUGUACGGACGGGGUAGAGCCGGAUGUGGACAGGGUGAGGCGGGUCACCGAGCUCUUUAAGGAGGCUAAACACAGAGAGAAUGCUGAUGAGAAGAUUUUCACAUUGCUAUUAAAGAUUCUGUCCAGAACAUUGGGUGAAAUCCAGGCUAAAAGUGCUACAUCUGACUCUUCUCCAGAGUGUUGGCUUGAUUUGUCCACGGAAUGCUUCCGCUGUCUAAGGAAUUCUUGUGUGCAAUGUACCCGAAAUCAGAACACCAUCAGAAAUGUGGGAUUGAUCGAGGAGACGGUCUCGCUUAUCAAAGUGCUUAGUUCUUCAAGCAAUUGUUCAGAGUCGUUUUUAGUGGCAUUCCGCUGUGGCCUUCAGUUCCUUGGCAAUGUCGCAGGAGGGAACCAGGGUUCCCAGAAUAGAAUCUGGAAUCACGCUUUUCCACAGCUCUUCCUAAGCUGCCUUACACAUGAAGAUGAGAAAGUUGCCACAUAUGGUUCCAUGGUGCUUUUCACUUGUAUGGGGGAAGACAAAAUGGCGGACCUUAUGGUGUCUGCGAAUCUCAGUGUUGCUGUUAACGUUAUCACAGCCUACAACAAGUGGCCGAAUGCUGAGUGGUUGCAGCUGAUUGUUACAGACCGCUUCCUGAGGUACCCAGAGCUGCUGAAACAGAUUUAUGCCAGUCUGAGCCACUCUGACAGGGUUGUCCUUCUAGAGCUGAUAAUGACAAAGGUGAGUGACAAGAGUCUGCUUGGUGUGGAAGAGUUGGCCAGCUUGCAGAAAAUAGCGGAAUUCCUCUCUGGAUGCUUCCAGAGUCAGUGCAGGGCUGUGCUGAAACUGGCGGGCCCCACACACUGUGAUGAGCAGGAAGCUGUUGUUGUAGUCAGACUCCUGGAUGUCCUCUGUGAAAUGACCUCGGACAGUGAACACCUUACCUGUUUACAGAGCUGCCCGGGGUUACUGGACACAGUUGUCGAAACACUACGAAUGACGCAUCUCGUUGGAAAACAAAGCACGAACAUCUUCACCUCUACUCAUACUGCAAGCCUGGGCAGUGACCUCACUCAUGCCGCUGUGGGCUUUAAAGCUCAUCUUGUUCGUCUGAUUGCAAACCUGUGUUAUAGAAACAAAGAUAACCAGGACAAGAUCUAUGAGUUGGAUGGUAUUCCACUUAUUCUGGAUAACUGCAGUAUAGAUGACAACAACCCCUUUCUGAACCAGUGGGCAUUCUAUGCCAUUCGAAAUCUCACCGAACACAAUGAGAGAAACCAAGGGCUAAUCGCCAACUUGGAACGUCAAGGGCCGGCUGAUGCAUCUGCUCUGGCGAAUAUGGGCUUAGAAGUGGAGGAACGUGAUGGCAAGCUGGUUCUGAGGUCCAUCAAGAAAAUGUGAACAAUGGAGGCACAUUGGCAUGGUACAGGACUGGCUAUAGUAGCUUGAUCCAAGCAAGCAAACCACAAGGAGUCAUGGAGCGUUUCAAUAACAAACACUUAUAACUGUCAGAAGCCGUAUUUAUGGGACAAAGAUUUCCAGCAUGUUGAAAAAUUGUUUAGCGAGUGUCAGUGUUCCCUUUCCUAUGGAGAAAAGGGAGCAUGUUUUCCUGGCACCUGGGCUAUAUACAUCCAUGGAUCUGUAAGUUCCUGACAAGUGGAAUUGGUAGAUGUUUUCCUGCCUCUCAUUAAAUAAAGCUAAAGUUUCAUUUGUUUAAA